CGGGCGUGUUGACGGACAGCGGAUGGGCAGACGCAGCCACCGCGUGGCGUCGAUCAAUGUCCCGGCCACCCGUAUUCGGUAACCACACGCUGUAUCCCAACAAUCGACGCUCGCCGCUCGACGCUCGACGACGUCCACAUUCUUCGGCGAUAUGAGCCCAAAAUGCCCACACGCCAUUCGAGAAUGCGGUCCACGCAACAACUCAGAGAAAGGACCCACCACAGCCCACCACGCGCCGCUGACCGUUGCCUGCUGGGCCGCCGGCUGUCGACCGCCAAGGCACCUCCAGGUCCAAGGCUUCCCCAAGCCGGUUCCUGCUGCGUGUGUUCGGCGCGCAGUCCUUGCGUUGGCGCCGCGCGCAUCCAAAGGGGGCCGAUUUUUGGUGAGUGAGGCAUGCGAAGCUUACGCGCGACACAGCAGGGCGCACGCCCACGUCGGGCAGGACGAUGUUCGACUGUGCGAGGUGGCAGAGCUGGGCCCGCGCAUUGCGCAAAGCAAUGAAAUUGCCACAUCGCGUGAGUAUGUAGCUAGUAUCCGCGCGUCGACGCUCGUCGCGGCAGCUCCCUCGCUGUUCGUCCGCGCAGAGGAGGAGGAAGAGGAAGUCCGAGAGGGUGGAGUUCGAGUGCGGGGACUCUGGGCGACGCGGGCCCGCCUUACUUAUACCCACACAGCGCGCGCAAGAGUGGAGCGUACGCUUGACUUGCGAUCAAUGAGGACGGCUGAUGAACUUGCGAUCGGAAGGGCAAGCAGGCUACCGUGAAAGCAAAGUAUCGAACGGAGGAAAGGACACCCCCGGGUGACAUUGAACUAGAGCGUUUGAACGGCCAGCAACAGCGGUCGAAGCGGAGGAUCGGUGUUUGACUUACCUCUGCGCUCACCAACCACAUCAAUUCUCUGCACUAAGGCGUACGCCUUCGAAGAGACUGCGUGAGUUCAUCGCCGCUCGCACAUCGCUCGACAACUUGAACCUCGGCCGAUAUGC